GUUAGCUUUCAAAUGAAGAAAGCAAAACUUAUUAGUCAAACACACCCCUUCACAAUCUGUAAUCCUCCAACUCUGCCGGAAAUAAUGGUGAAAUUCAAGAACUUAAAAUCAGAUAGAUUAACACUUGUGUUUGUCAAUAUUGCUGGUAUAAUGGAGAAAGCUGAUGAAUCUUUGUUACCUGGUGUUUAUAAAGAAGUUGGCAAGGAUUUACAUACUGAUCCAACUGGCCUUGGCUCUCUUACUGUAUUUAGAUCAUUAGUUCAAUGCCUUUGUUAUCCACUUGCUGCAUAUCUUUCUGCUCGUCACAAUCGCGCCCAUGUUAUAGCUCUUGGUGCUUUCCUAUGGUCUGCUGCUACUUUCCUUGUCGCCAUCUCCUCUACCUUCACUGAGGUAGCAAUUUCCAGAGGAUUGAACGGGAUAGGACUUGCAAUAGUCACACCAGCAAUACAAUCUCUAGUUGCUGACUCAACUAAUGAAAGUAACCGCGGUACAGCUUUUGGAUGGUUAUCACUAACUUCAAGUUUUGGCUCAAUCCUUGGUGGGAUUUUGUCUGUGCUGAUUGCUGAAACAUCAUUUAUGGGGAUCCCUGGCUGGAGAAUCUCCUUCCAUCUAGUUGGUCUUGUAAGUGUUCUUGUUGGUUUCUUAGUCUGUCUCUUUGCCAACGAUCCCCGCUUUGGAAAAGGUAAAGAUCAACUUCCACUGAAACCAUUUCAAGAAGAAGUCAGUGAACUGCUAAAAGAAGCAAAAGAAGUUAUCAAAGUGCCCUCCUUUCAAAUACUUAUUGCCCAAGGGGUUUCUGGGACAUUCCCCUGGUCAGCAUUGUCAUUCGCGACUAUGUGGUUGGAACUUAUUGGCUUCUCUCACAAGAAAACAGCACUCCUCUGGACAUUGUUUCAAGUUGCUUCUGCGAUUGGCGCGUUUUUUGGAGGAUUCAUGGGGGAUGUAUUGGCUAAGUACUUUCCUAAUUCUGGUAGGAUUAUACUCUCUCAGAUAAGCACUAGCUCAGCAAUUCCCUUGGCUGCAAUUCUGCUGCUGCUAUUGCCUAAUGAUCCUAAAACAGCUAUGUUGCACGGUUUAGUCUUGUUCAUCAUGGGAUUAAUCAUAACAUGGUGUGGUUCAGCAACAAACAAUCCGAUAUUUGCUGAGAUAGUUCCAGAGAGAGCUCGAACAAGCAUUUAUGCUCUGGAUCGAUCUUUUGAGACCAUAAUAGCGUCCUUUGCUCCAUUAGUGGUUGGUAUUUUAGCUCAACGAGUUUUCGGUUAUAAACCAAUCCCAAAGGGAUCAACAGGCUCACAGGAAGUUGAAACGGAUAGACAAAAUGCUGCAUCACUUGCCAAGGCACUAUACACUGCAAUAGGCAUCCCAACGGCCAUCUGUUGCUUCAUUUAUUCUUUCCUUUAUUGCACAUAUCCACAAGAUAGGGACUGUGUCCGGUUGCAACUGAUUGAAGAAACAGGCAAUUCUACAUUGGAAGAACAACAGCCUUUACUUGAGAACGAUGACCACAGACUUCUUUCAGCAAUUACUUGAAAUCUUCUGGACAAAAUUUUAGACUCUCUGUACAUAGAAUCCAACAAACACAAACUCAUUUCUUGCUAUGUUGUUUGUCUAAUUGCAAUAUGAUAGUUGUAAAACAGAAAUCUUUCAUUCCGAACCCGAAAAUAUUCAAUAUCUUCUACUCAAAGAUGUAUAGUUCUUUUCUGAGUUGUAUUUGCUUAUUAUCUGCAAAUGGAAUAUGUAAAGAUUAUGUCAAUUUAUGCAAUGUAUAAUACAGUAACUUAUGCGAAAAAUUCUAGUUGACUUUUAUA